GUCUAUAGACUACUUGUAAAAAGCAAACACCCUACACCCCCAAGUCACCUAUAUGGGUGUCUAGAUAACACUAACAGAAAAACACAACAAAAAAAAAAUACAAAACAAAUAAGAAACCACAGAUAAAUCAAUAUCCAUCACACAAAUGGCGGCAAAACGGAACCGCGAUGCGGAUAUCGUCAAGCACAAGAUGGACCUACGGGUCCGAUUUAAGAAACUGGUUCGGGCGGUCAUUAUGAACCAGACAUGGCUUUCCGAUGAAGAGGAACAGGGCAUCUCCAUGAAUGUCAAGAAGAACGUAGCCCUGAUGCGUCAAAAGCGAAAGCCCGGCAUGCUGACCUUAGCGGACAAGGCACUAUUACGUUCGAAUCCCAAUUUUAGGACUAUUGAGGAACGCAAGAAACUUUGCAUGCUUAUAGCUGGACUGAACUGUUUCUCUAGGAUUCCUCCGAAAAUUCGAGCACGCUUGGUCCCGGUCCUUAAGUUUAUAUCCCUCGCUGAAUCACGAUUAAUUAUCAAAGACGGUGAUAUGCCACUUUCCCUCUAUUUUAUACUAAAUGGCGAGGUCGAGAUGAAAAGGACCGUAUACAAUAAGACCACAAAACAAAUGGAAGACGUUCCGGAAGCUAUUUUUGGUCCAGGAGACUGUUUCGGAGACGUUGAAAUGGUUGAGGAUUGCCCGAGAAUGAAUACUUAUACAGCCAUGUCUAGUUGUGAGGUUUUAGGUUUAAAUGACGUGGACUAUGAACGCAUAUUAAAACCAUUUAUGUUAAAACAAUGGAAUGAAAAGAAGCUUGCCCUAAAAGCAUUCGACUAUUUUGAUUUUCUGAGCCCAGAACAGAUAAUUCUCGCUUGCAAGUACUCUUACUUGGUUCAGUAUGAGCCCCUGGAGACCAUUUAUCUGGGGGAUAAGGGCUCUUUGGGUUAUGUGCGAUUUGUUCUUAGUGGAGAGUGCGUCAUUUUGCAGUGUUUGAGUAUGAAGGUAACUAACAAUGAUGGAAAGGUCAAUUACGAGCUCACCGAAAUUGACAAGGAUAAGGAGGGACUUCAUAUGUUCCAAUCCUGGAAGGAUCUCAUCAGUCAUAACUCAUUUAUAGACAUUCAGGACAUUUUGGCCUCUUCCACCUCCUCUGACGAGGUCGAAGGUGCCACAAAGAAGAAACAAGCGAUGCGCAAAAUGGGUCUAGCUGAAAUUGAGAAGUUUUGCGGUAUCCGAAGUUCGACCACUCCCAAAAGGAAACUGAAGCCCAGGAGGACAAUGAAUGUACAGGCACAGGCCAGGAAAACAGCAUUGAUACAGUCACUUAGGAGGGGUACUCCUUGGCUGCCAAAUGUGACACUCGAUUCCGAUCAGGAUGAUGACGACGACGACGAUAACAUGGGCGACAAUGAAGAUUAUUUGGAUUACGACGAUCUCGAUGAGAAUUAUUCAGAUGACAGCACAUAUGAUUCGGAUGUGUCCAUGGAUAGAACCAUUGCCGAGGUGCAAGUGCAGCUAAGAAGGAAUACCGUCGGAAGUUCGGAAACAGAAAAGAAGGGAUCCAAGACCAGUUCGUCAUCAGAAAUAUUCACGGCUAGUUCGGGGAACAAUGAUAAAAAUAAUAUUGAUGACGAUACAACAUCCCUGAUUCCGGAUCCCGUUGAGACCCACUUUAUAGACGUUGGCUCCCUGACCUACGGUAGUGUCUUUGGUCUGGGUGAAAAGAUGGAGCACCGUGUUAUCAUGGCUCGCACGGUGGUCCAGUGCCUGCUCCUUCCUCGCUUCUGGCUCCUUGAAGAGGAACAGAAUCCUGGGAACAUCUGGCACCGACGACGAUUUUACUUCGAGUGUAAUGUGCCCUCGCGUCAGGAUCUGUUUACCAACUUUCUCAAGACCCGCCAGUGGAACAAAUUCCGACAUAACUACAUUCAAAGUCUGCUAAAUAGAGAGGCCAAGGGCAACAUCACCAAGGAGGAGGAUAUACCAAUUAUGUGUCGCAUUGUCGAGACCAGCGAUGAUGCCCCAUAAUGAACACACAAGUUCCCAUCCAAAUUCUCAGUGCUUCAACAAUAAAACAUGCUUCCAAUAUGACUUAAUAAUGAUGUGCGGGCGGAAAGCACAUAGUAUACCUAGUAUAAAGUAUACCUUAUAGUAGGGGAUCUCGCCUUUAGCGUUCUUAUUAUUAUCUAUUAUUAAGUAAACAUUAAUGAUUAAGUGUGGGAAUUAUUACGAUAUAAACGUACGUUUUGGAAAGAUUAAGUUGUUAUAAAUACAAUAGGUUCGUACCCCCCCAAGAUAUAAUUCAGUUAUAGGCGAGCAGCGUAUUAUCACCGCAGUAUAUUUCUAAGCUCAUUGUAGGUAUUCGUUUAUGAAUGCAUUUUCUGCAACUCUUUUUCCAGCAAAUUGAUGUUUCUACAUAAGUAUAUGUGCAUGCGCUCUUCCCUUCCUACGUCAUUCUAGGAAUUUAGGUUAACCGUUUAUCCGAGAAGGGAGCUCUGCUCCGAAACGGGACUUUCGGUACUAAUGCAUUCGGGAGCGAAACUGGAGCACAGCUGAGCCACCCACAUAACGGUAACGGGGGCUACCGAGAGAGCAAGAGAGCAAGUGUGUGCACAUUUGCGGGCACGAAGCGUAAUAGAUGGCCUUCGGGUGUAGAAUCGUGGCUAGCUGAGCCAUUUAAAAAGAAAUGAGAGAGGAAAAUAUAGGCAAUAGCAGAUACACUUGGAAAAACUAGGGCAAAUUAAGCAUGGAGCGGUGAAUCGGAGGUAAAGUUUUGAAAUCAAGUGUA